AUGACAAAGGGAUGUUUUUUAGAGCUUGCUGCUAUUAUAGAUACUGUUGUAAGUCCUCAACCUAACUGUCCAAAUUAUCGCUUUUUAACUACACACAAAAAACUAGCAAUAACCAUUUAUUAUUUAAAGGAUACUGGUUCCCUUUGGAUGACAGCCAAUGUUUUCGGCAUUCAUCAAUGUACUGUUUCAAAAACUGUAAAAGUUGUAUGUGAUGCCAUAAACAAUAUCGUUGGUCCUAUAUAUUUACAUCUACCUAAAAAUAAAGAGGAUAUGACAAAAUUAGCUUCACAGUUUGAAGUAAAGUUCUUCAUGAUACAAGCCUUUGGAUGCAUUGAUGGCACUCAUGUCCAAAUUAAACGUCCUAUUAAAAACGGUCAAGACUACUUUUGUUAUAAGCAAUAUUUUUCAUUAAAUGUACAAGCGGUAUGCAAUAGUAAAGAAUAUUUUAUUGAUGUUGAAUGCAAAUGGCCAGGAUCUAAAAAAGGCACACUACCUCAAACAUUGUACAGUUUACCUAAUUACCAUUCAAUUCCUAACUAUUUGAUUGGAGACCCAGCCUAUCCAUUAACAAACUUUUGCAUUAAAGAGUUUCAAAGUUGUUCAAAUAACAAAGAAGUCAUAUUUAACAGCAUGUUACGCUCUGCUAGGAACCAGAUUGAAUGUGCUUUUGGCAGAUUAAAAGCAAGGUGGGGAUUUUUAAGAAAAAUAGUUGAUAUAAAAAUAGAAACAGUUCCUAUUGUUACUUAUACUUGUUUUGUUCUUCAUAACUUUUGUGAAAAAAACAAAACCUAUGACCUAAAUGAAGAGGAGGUUAUUCAGCAAAUUAUAAAACAUCGAAGUGAUGCAUUGGAAAGCCCAAACCUUCCUGACAGUAUUUACUCUGCUAAUAAUCCUGAAGUAAGAAAAUAA